CAAUGGAAUGAAACAAAAUCUGUUUACCUGAGUUUAUAAAACCAGAAGAGGACUGAAAUGUGUGUGGAAAGAAAGUUGGAAAAAGGGAUCGGUCAGGAGAUUGCGCUCUUUUGGACAGACGAUGGCGGUGUUGCUUUAACUGGGAUCUACGCUGCUGUACAUUUCACCGUAGACGAAGAAGCAGCAGCGGCAGUCCCAGCAGGGAGAGUGCGAAGAAGAAUGACGAAAAAUCUAUACGGAAAAUAGAGUGGAGCGAGGACUGUGCAGUAAACGGGAAUUCAACACUCAAAAUAUCAGUGGUUCAAAUAGCUCCAAUAGAGGUGGUUAGGUAUGACAGAGCCCCAGUCAGCGCUGCUGCUUAGAAGGCAGCUUGCAGAGCUGAACAAAAAUCCAGUGGAGGGGUUUUCCGCAGGCCUCAUUGAGGAUAACGAUCUGUAUAGAUGGGAAGUUCUCAUCAUUGGGCCUCCUGACACACUUUAUGAAGGUGGUGUGUUCAAAGCUCAUCUCACAUUUCCCAAAGACUAUCCUCUCAGGCCACCCAAAAUGAAAUUCAUCACAGAUAUUUGGCAUCCUAAUGUGGAGAAGAAUGGGGAUGUUUGCAUUUCUAUUCUACAUGAGCCUGGAGCCGACAGGUACGGCUAUGAGAAACCCGAAGAACGCUGGCUGCCCAUCCAUACUGUUGAGACCAUUAUGAUAAGUGUUAUCUCAAUGCUGGCAGACCCAAACGGUGACUCACCAGCUAAUGUAGAUGCUGCGAAAGAGUGGAGAGAGGACAGACACGGGGCAUUCAAACGGAAAGUUGCUCGCUGUGUACGAAAAAGCCAAGAGACUGCAUUUGAGUGAUGUUUAGCAGGAAUUAAGCUCCAUGUUUUCAGGGUCAACACAGCACUGUUUUCUAGACUCUUCCACACGUUGUCAGGCCCCUACUCGGAUUUGGGCUGGACCAGACUGGGAACUGCAGGCUGCAAUAGAACACAAAGGUGGCGAAAAAGUCGGAUGAAACACUGUCAUUCAAGUGCCAACUCAACACAAGAGCAAAACCACCGAGACGUCAACAUUUUCCAAGCCUACGAACUGCUUCAACAUUCAGGACGACAUUGUAAAGACAUGUAUAUAACACAGACUUAACUGGAUAAUAUAUACGUUCCCUCACCAUGAUCACCUGGACAGACCAAAUGAACAGCACUUGCUCUUGUUUUUUUUUCUUUUUCCAUUUUCCUCCUUAUGUCUUACUCUUAGUUGUUUUGUUGUUGUUUUAAAUGUAAUAAUUUGAUUCAGUGACCUGUUGCUGUUACAUUUGAUGAAUUACGACACCCAUUUUCUUUUGCUUAAAACUGGUUUUAUUUUCUUAAAAUUGCUCAUCACACUGCGUACGAAAGAAUAUGCUGGUUCAUUUUUGCAUGCAAAACUCUUGGUUUUAGACUUUUUUUCUUAAGUGCCUCUGAAUAAAAAUCUUGGCAACUUCACCCUCUAAUAAAGUGUUCAAUCUUUAAAAAGUGCGGCAAAAUCUAAUUAAACGGAUCCUACAACUCAAGCAAAGUUAUUCAAAUAUGUUGUAGCGAUAACAUCCUUAGAAAAGAAUGUUUGCUUUUUUUUCUUUUUUGUCCAUUUUUCAUAGUACUGUAUGCUCAACAUUCACUGAUCUCCUGUUUUUAUUCUGAUCCACUGAGGUGGCUGCUGACUGCAGUUUUGUCUACUGUACAAAGACAAAUGCCAAUGUAUGUUUCUCAUGUUAUAAAAUUGUCACCUGUAAUAAGUACUCCUGCGAUCAUAAUUUGUUUCUGUUGGCUUGGAAGAUUAGCCUUAUGAUAUUCAUAGCAAUUCA